CCUGCCUGUCUGAUGCCGCAUUGGAAGUGGAGGGCGCCGCUAUGGAGUGCAGGGAUGGAGGCCACCCUCUGUAUCCGCACGUGCCUUUGGCUGAGUGCCGCCUGGAUCCCCCUCGCAUCGUCAGACGGACUGGCCUGUGGCUGGGAGGGCGCUCCUGGCACUGACGCCCGGCAUGGCAAGCUGACGUGGGCUGUCAGCUUGGAUGCGCCCGAGGAGGAGCUGGAGCAGCGGGCAGAGGAGCUGGCCCGGACUGCGGGGCUGGUGAACAUGGGCCGUGUUGGGGAGCUCAGGGGCCAUUACCUCUUCACCUACCAGCCCAAGGGCCACGCGGCAAGCGAACCCGAAGCAAUAAGGAGGUCGGUGGACGCUUUGUUUGCACAGCAUGACAGCGUGCGGUGGCACUCGGAACAGAAGCUUCUGAAACGCUCCAAACGCAGCCUGCACUUUAACGAUCCCAAAUACCCCCAGCAGUGGCAUCUGAACAACCGCAAGAGCCCCGGGAAGGACAUCAAUGUCACGGGUGUCUGGGAGCGGAACGUGACGGGGCGUGGUGUGACGGUGGUGGUGGUGGACGACGGAGUGGAGCACACCAUCAAAGACAUACAGCCAAAUUAU